AUGGCCCAAGCGCAGCAGCAGAGUCGAUCGAACAUCCAGCCAUCCAGCAUGGCGCCAAAGUCUUCCAACAAGGAACCAAGUGAUGAACAGUUGAUAUCGAAGCCAACAGUUUCCAAGGUCAAGGGCAAGGGCAAUGCCAAGAGCGGGAAGGAGGCCAAGGACCUUGAGUCUCGGAAGCGCCAGAAGAAGUCGGAGGACCCGCCGGCCAAGGCCAGCAAGAGGCAUGAUGAGCCUGAUGGCAUUGAGUUGGGUAGAACAAAAAAACGUUGGAUCUAUGCAGUGGAACCAAACAACAGGAAUGAAUGGUUUGAUCUUCCGGAGGAUCUGUAUGACAUGAUGGAGAGAUUGAUGUUUGUGGUCCCAGUCACUGAAGUGAUGCUUCCCACAAGUUUGUUUUUGGGAAAGCACGAUGCUUUUGAAUGCCUCCGGUCCAACUACCAGAAGACUUUCGAUGUGCUCCCACGGGAGAACAACUUGUGCUCUGCGGCCCGGACGUGCAUCUUGGGGCUCCGGGACAAGAAGAUCCGUGAAAUGGGACGUUUCAUUUUCAUUCAUGUGCGAUGGUUCAUGGAAGACGAUGUCGCACGCUGGCUGGAGCGGUCAUUCAGGGACAGCGCCAACGAGAACGAUCAGGUUCAACCGGAUGCACCCUCCCUGGACGUAAACGUGAACCUACGAGAUCCUGCGCACGAGCAGGCUUUCGAUGAAGCACAGCGAGCAAUCAAGGGGAAGGGCAAUGCUGGCCCAAAGGGAGCAGGGAAGGUUUGUCGCAUUGCGUUGGCGCUGGAGUAUGGUGAUCACGCCAUGGAGAUCCGGUCAGAGAAUGCCAGCAUCCAGCAUUUUGUUCGUGACAAUAUGAAUGUGUGAGAGAAGCCGGGCACCUGAGUUUGACUUGAAGGCUGAUGCAGUCUUGUCCCGAGAGUGCUAGCGGACAAACAGCAGGCUUGGAAUCAGG